AUGCCUUCCAUCAGCCUAGCAGCGGCCGUCGCCGCGUUCGUCGCCCUCGCGGAUGCGUCUUCAGUACUUCUUCGUGGUGGUACGAUUAUUGGCUUCGACGAGUCAAGCAAUCCACUGAACGUCAUCCGCAACGGCUCUCUUCUCAUCACGGACGACCGCAUCACUUCCAUCUACACUUCAGAUCAGCCCUUGCCGCAAUCAUCCAACGACACGGAAGUCAUCGAUGCCACGAACAAGAUCAUCACACCGGGCUUCGUUGACACCCACCGCCACGGUUGGCAAACAGCUUUCAGGACCAUCGCCUCGAAUACUUCGCUCGCGGAGUACUUCACGCGCUACGGCGAGUACGCUGCCGCUGGCCUCUUGAGUGCCGACGAUGUCUAUAUUGGCCAGCUCGCGGGUCUCUACGAGGCCCUCAAUGCCGGUGUCACGACGACGCUUGAUCACGCCCAUCACACUUGGUCUGAUGAGACUUCGGAGGCAGGGUUGAAGGGCAGCAUUGACAGCGGCGCGAGAGUCUUCUGGUCGUACGCCUUUCACAACGUCACUAACUUUACCAUCUCGGAGCAGCUGGAAAACUUUAGAAGCAUAGCGACCAAAGCCGAGUUUGACGGUACUCCUACCACCUUGGGAGUGGCGUGCGACUUUUUUGGGACCGACGGUGUUCUCGCGGAUAUUACUGCAGUUGUCGAUCUUGCUAAUCCAGAGGAUGUCCAUGCUAUCGGAGCACUCAAUACCAGUAUUCCGGUCGUCUUUUCACACGCGUCAUUCCUCACCUACAAGGGCGCAUCACUCCUCCGCUCCACCAACCAGUAUAUCUCAAUCACGCCAGAAUCGGAGAUGCAUUACGGGCACACACAUCCUCACAGCCAUCUGAUCCAAGAUCAAGGCUCCCUCGGUGUCGACACUCACUUCACUUUCUCAACCGAUAUCCUUACGCAAGCCCGCCUAUGGCUUCAGAGCACUCGCCGCCUACUCUAUCAACAAGUCCUCGCAAACUGGCGCGUACCUACCAGCACGCCGAUGACUGUCAAUCAAGCCUUCCUCCUCGCUACAAGGAACGGCGGACUUGCUCUUCGCCGCCCGGAUCUGGGCGUCAUAACCGAAGGCGCCAAAGCCGACGUGGUUGUCUGGAAUGGCGAGAGUCCCGCCCUCCUCGGCUGGGUUGACCCUGUCGCUGCUGUAAUUCUCCACGCUAGCGUCGCCGAUGUCGAGCACGUCCUGGUGGACGGCAAAUUUGUCAAGAAAGACUAUAAGCUAGUGGUGCCUGACUAUGAGGACGUCAAGACGCGGUUCCUGGACAGCGCAAGGCAGAUCCAGCAGACUUGGAGGGAUAUCCCAUUCUCAGCUCUCGAGGGAGAGUUUAGCAGCUCGGAAGCUCCCUAUGAAGCUCCUCUAUCGGUCGAUGUCCUGCCCGGAGGUGAAAGUGGAUACGGUACCACGUUUGUUUGA